UGCUAUCCUUUGUGUAUGACGUAAUUCUGACGAUCUCAAGCCACAAACAAAUUAGUUACAAUUCCCCCCUUGGCACUCACUCAAAGAUCCCGGUAUUUUUGGGUCUGCGAUCUUGUUCAAUCAUUUGAACACUCGACCCAUAUCCAUCUGCUGGCCACGACCAGCUCAGAGCAGCUUUGCAACAUCAUGAGCGCAGCUCAGUACUAUAAUGGUGGGCAGCCUCAACAGGACAGAGGAUAUCAGCCUGGUCCACCUCUACCGCCCCCGCCAUCCCAUCAACAAUAUGGUCAACAACCCUCUGGAGGGUAUUCGAUGAACGCUUCACAGCCCUAUGCUCCACCUUCCUCACAACCCUAUCCAUCAGCACAGAACAACACGAGCUAUGCGCCAUCUUAUGGUCAAACGGAGAAUGGAAAUGGUCAACAAUAUACAGGAGAUACAGCACCUUUCUCUCAAGCCAAUGAGAAGACCGGCGCGAGGUUCAAACCGAAAACAAGACUCAACGAUCCAAUAUUCUUGGUCUUGUUCAUCGCUUCAUUUGCAGGCUUCUGCGCCGUCAGUGCGCUCGCCAUCUCGACAUUCAUCAAUCAGAACGGACUGGGCGGCGGGUUCGGUCAAGAUACUGGUGGACAAUCGGCAACUCUGGAUUACCAUACAGUUUAUCUACUGCUCAUUGUCUCAGCCAUCGCCUUAGUCAUUGCCGCAGUGUACCUCAUGAUCGUUCGCGCAUUUACCAGCAUCAUCAUCCCAUUGACGAUGAUCUUGACCGUCAUUCUCAAUAUCGGAAUCUGUAUCUACUAUUUCAUCAUCAAAUACUAUAGCGGCGCAAUCAUCUUUGUCGUGAUUGCCCUCCUUUCAGCAUUUUUCUACUGGACCAUGCGUCGAAGAAUUCCCCUCGCCCGACUGCUCCUUCAAACGACCAUGGAUAUUACCAAACACCACCCGGUGGUCUACCUCAUUGUUCUGCUCGGACUUAUCCUCCAGACAGCCUGGAGCAUAUGGUACGCUUUCACCUGCGUCGCCAUCUACGUCCGAUGGACCCCAGGGUCCCCAUCCUGCGGCACAAAUUCUUGUUCCUCUGGUAAAGUUGCUGGACUCAUCUUUUUCGCGACAUUUGUCUACUAUUGGACCAGUCAAGUCAUUGCCAAUGUCAUUCUGUGCACACUGAGCGGAGGUAUCUUUGGAGGAUGGUACUAUUACGGUCCCCGUGCGGAGAAUUCAGGUCUCCCUAAACGCGCUUCGCUCAAAGCAUUUGUCCGAGCCAGCACGCUGUCGCUUGGCUCUAUCGCUUUUGGCAGUCUCAUCGUGACCAUUCUGGAGCUCUUGAGGUUGAUUAUUCAGGCAUUUUCGCAGUACGAAGCGGGUCAGGGAGACAUGGUCGGCGCCAUCAUUGGAUGCUGCGCGGCGUGUUGUGUCGGCUGUAUCCAGUCUCUAGUCGAGUAUUUCAACAAGUAUGCCUACAUCGAAAUUUCUCUGUACGGAAAAGCCUAUAUCCCAGCUGCCAAGGACACUUGGCGCUUGCUCAAGGACCGAGGUAUCGAUGCUCUGGUCAACGACUCACUAGUUGGCACCACUCUGAUGUGGGGCGCUUACAUCAACGGUUUCCUCUGUGCGGUUUUCGGAUACAUCUACUUGAGAUAUACAAAUCCAGCAUACAAUGAUCAAGGACAAUACUCUGCGCCCAUCAUACUGUACUCCUUCUUGAUCGGACUGAACAUUGGAUUUACCCUCAGUUCCGCUAUCGAGUCAGGAGUAUCAACCAUCUUUGUCGGUCUGGGAGAGGAUCCAAUGGUUCUCCAACAACGCAGCCCAGGCCUUUUCGAGCUCAUCCGACAGACCUAUCCUCAAGUCGUUCAGGGUGUCCCGCGGAACUGACCGUUUGGCCGUGAUGGCAUCGUUCUCCAAAGACAUUCAGUCUUCAAACUAGUAGUGUGCUCGCAGCGGAUCGUAUUCCACUUGCUCUUAA